UGGUUAUUGUUUAGGCCGUUCUGAAAGCUUUUCAAGAGGCAUGUCAAUCUACAAGCCCAAGCACCAUUGUGAUCCCAAAGGGAACAUUCCAAAUGAACCAAGUGAAACUAGAAGGCCCAUGUAAAGGCCCAAUUGAACUUCAAAUCCAAGCCACUUUGAAAGCUCCUUCAGAUCCUAACCAACUCAAGACUGGUGAAUGGUUGACUGUCAACAAACUUGAUGGAUUCACCAUGUCUGGUGGUGGGAUCCUUGAUGGUCAAGGUAAAGCUGCAUGGGAAUGCAAGGAGUCCAAAAAGUGCAACAAGCUUCCCAAUAACUUGAGCUUCAACUCCCUCACAAAUUCCAUAAUCAAGGACAUAACUACACUGGACAGCAAAUCAUUCCACGUGAACGUGAAUCAAUGCAAGAACUUAACGUUCCUCCACUUCAACGUCAGUGCUCCAGCUGGAAGCCCCAACACUGAUGGCAUCCACAUCUCAAGGUCGAGCUCUGUGAAUGUUACAGAUUCCAGUUUUGCUACCGGAGACGAUUGCAUUUCCAUUGGCGAUGAAACGGAACAACUUUACAUCACUAAGGUCACUUGUGGACCUGGCCAUGGUAUUAGUGUUGGUAGCCUUGGUGGAAAUCCUGAUGAAAAGCCAGUUGUUGGUGUUUUUGUUAAGAAUUGCACUUUCAUUAGCACUGACAAUGGUGUUAGGAUUAAGACAUGGCCUGCUUCUCACCCUGGUGUUGUCUCUGAUAUUCACUUUGAGGAUAUCAUUGUGCAAAAUGUUAGCAACCCUGUUGUCAUUGAUCAAGUUUAUUGCCCAGCUGGCAAAUGCAACAAAGAUUUGCCUUCACAAGUGAAGAUCAGCAAAGUGACUUUCCAAAACAUAAAGGGUACAUCAAGAACUCAAGAUGCAGUAUCACUUCUUUGCAGUAAAGGUACUCCAUGUGAGGGUGUUGAAGUUGGUGACAUUGACAUCACAUACAGUGGAAAAGAAGGUCCAGCAAAAUCAAGUUGUGAAAAUAUUAAGCCAAGUUUAAAAGGAAAGCAAAAUCCACAAGUUUGCACUGCUGCUGCUUCCCCUGCCGCUGCUCCUGCUGCUGCUUCGUCUUCUUAAUUAAUUAAUUAAUAAUUCUUAGUUAAUUCCCUAA